AUGUCGGGGAAGUCUUUAAAGGAAGUUCUGAACUUGGAGAUCUUUAGAGAUAAGAAGAUAUGUGUAGAUGAGGUUCUCCCUCAGAAUGUGGAUUUUCUUAUUGUUGAUCUUUCGGAUGCCUUGGGACUCUCUAUAUCUGCAUUCAGCGAAGAGACAGAUCACUACAGAAAGAUUGCAAAAAGCCGCAAUAAACAAGUUUCUGUAAAUUCGGCCUAUGAUGGAGAUUGCAUGGAGCCAGACAUCAUGGAUGAUGUAUGGAGUGCAAUGAACAUAUGGGGAAUAGAUGGAUGUGGGAAAAUUCAAGUAUAUAGGUCAGGGACCUGCAAGAAGUCGGACUGGUACAAAUACGAUAUCGUCAUUAGGGUUCAGCCACUGGAUAGUGGAAUAUCCACCGACAUUGAUGGAAAGAUUCUAAUUUUUGGAAGGGGGAGAAAGUAUCUUGAGCUUAGAUACAAGAUAUUAAGAGACAGAGUUGACUAUUACACUCAACAGUUUGAAUAG